CACGUGAUCAAUAGGGAACGCUGCAGUUUUUUUUUUUUCAACUUGGAUUUUUCAUCUCGCAUUUCCUGUUUCUGCCAUAAAUCACAUGACCUGCUAGACGUGACAUCAUUUCCUUGGAGGGAAAGCAACUCCAAGAACAAAUCUCUUGAACUUGAGCCAGGUCCUUUUUGGCAUCAUCUUCCAGGAAGUGACAUCAUUUUGGAGGGAUUGAUGAACUCUGAGAUGUGUUGUGUCCUGUGUGAAUGAUCGAGUGUCUGAGUGAACUCGUGGCUUCUGGAUCUGUGUGAGGAGAUCUCUCGUCUGGAAAGCGUCAGUGUUGUGUAGCUGAGGAUGAUCUGGCUGCUCCUCUCUCUCUCUCUGCUUGAGCUCAGUGCGGCUCUACCCGUCUCUCACUGCUUCACGCGGCCCACGGACCCGGCGCCGGCCCCGUCCCAGACACCGACGAUGGCCACCGGAGAGCUGGUUCCCACACACUUCCCAGCGCGGCGGGCGGCUCAAGUGGCCCUGCAUCACCUGAACACACACCACGGCUCGCCCUUCAGGGUGUUCGGCCUGCAGCAGGUGCACACGGCCACGGCGGAUCGUGGGAACCGUAGGGAGGAAGUACAGCCUGGAUUUCUCCGUGAUGGACUAUGGAAGCUCGGGCUCAGUGCUGCGCUGCUCAGCGGACGUGUUGUUCCCCCCGACGGAGACGCGCACACACACUCCCCCGGAGGUGCAUCUGCGCUGUGAGGAUCUGACACAAAUCAGCAGCUCGCCGGAGGAACUCGCUUUCUACCAGAAACACACACCGCCUCACAGCGCCGUCUCCGCGCAUGACCUGCCGGACAGCUAUGGGAACAUCAGUCAGGACAUGCAGCCGUUCUGGCAUCUGGCUCGUGUGGCGGCGUCCUUCAUCAUGCUGAGAGAGUCCAGCGAGAACACCGAGUAUAACCUGGCACAGGUGGCCAACCUCACACAGCAGGAGACGAGCGAGAAGCAGCUGAUGCUGAGGUACCACGUUCUCCUUCAUGACAUCGUCUCGCAGGAGAUCAUCCACUGGAAGCUGUUAUGCUCCUGGUCUCCUGAGGGGGGCGUGAGAGUGCUGGAGACCGAGUGGCUUCCCAAGUGCCCUCAUGAUACCGGCCCGCCAACAGCAGACUGAGCACACACACACACACACACACACACUGUCUGAUCACGCAUCAACACUAAUAAACAGAGAGAAACACCGCUGGCUGCAGUUCAUUCCUCUCUGACCGCACGGCUGGACACAUGCAAACAUAUGCCAUAUUUUAAAUUAGAUAUUGUAUAUUUCCUGUGUUCAAUUCAAGUCGGUUAAAGUUUUAUACGUUUUUUUUAAAGGUUAAAGUUUUAUACGUGUUUUUUUUAACGCAAAUUGGAUUAAAAAAAAAAACGUAUUCAGUUAAUGUUUACUUUUUCAAAUGAUUUUGGUUAAACUACUACUAUGUUUCCUUUUAACAGUUAAUUCUACAUUUAAGUGCAGAGUGAUAUUCAUUAACAACAUGUACUUACUUUCCACUGCUAGGGCUGUCAAAAUGGCUGAAAAGCUCAAUCCGAAUCUUUACUUGACAGCGCUAGUCAGUACAGUAGCUGUAUGUAACGUGUGUAACCACUGUAAAAUAAAGAGUUACGAUGACUUCGGCUUGA